CGCAGUAGCACCGUCCCAGGGCUGAGGGGAACCAGAGGAGCGGGGAGCACUGAGCCUGGGCUGAGCACACCAUGGGGGCAAACACCUCCAGCAAGUCACCACCCUUCAGUGGGAACGAGGAUGUUACCUUCGACCAUUUUGAGAUUUUGCGAGCUAUUGGGAAGGGCAGCUUUGGAAAAGUCUGCGUGGUGCAAAAGACCGACACCAAGAAGAUGUACGCCAUGAAAUACAUGAACAAACAGAAGUGUGUGGAGCGUAAUGAAGUCAGAAAUGUUUUCAAGGAGCUGCAGAUUAUGCAGGGUCUGGAACACCCCUUCUUGGUUAAUUUAUGGUACUCGUUCCAGGAUGAAGAGGACAUGUUCAUGGUUGUCGACCUGCUGCUUGGAGGGGACCUGCGUUACCACCUCCAACAAAACGUGCGCUUCCAAGAGGGCACAGUGAAACUCUUCAUCUGUGAGCUGGUGCUGGCCCUCGACUACCUGCAGAGCAGGCACAUCAUCCACAGAGACAUCAAGCCCGACAACAUUUUACUGGAUGAGCACGGACAUGUACACAUCACCGAUUUCAACAUCGCCACGAUGCUGACCAAGGAGAUCCAUGUCACCACCAUCGCUGGCACAAAGCCCUACAUGGCACCUGAGAUGUUUAACUCCACAAAACCCACCGGCUACUCCUUUGCCGUGGACUGGUGGUCACUGGGAGUCACUGCCUACGAGCUGCUCAGGACCCGGAGGCCGUAUCACAUUCGCUCCAACACCUCCACAAACGAAAUCGCCCACGUGUUCAGGACAGCCAAGGUGAUGUACCCUGCAGCGUGGUCCCCGGACAUGGUGGCGCUGAUCAAGAAGUUGCUCGAGCUGAACCCCGAGAAACGUUUUUCUCGGCUGAAGGACAUCCAGGCCUUCCCAUACCUGUCUGAUGUGAACUGGGAUGCUGUUCUCCAGAAAAGGAUAAUGCCAGAAUUCAUCCCCACGAAAGGCAGACUAAACUGUGACCCAACCUUUGAACUGGAAGAAAUGAUUCUGGAAUCCAAGCCUCUUCACAAAAAGAAGAAGCGCUUGGCUAAGAAGGAGAAAGACACGGGCAAAAGCAAUUCCUCCCAGGCCAGCCACAUCCAGAAGCACCUGGAGACGCUCCAGAGGGACUUCAUUGUUUUCAACAGAGAAAAGGUGAGACACCACCAAGACAGCAUCCAGGAGACCACACCACUGACAAAAAGCGGAGGGACAUACAGGGAGGACAACCAGAACAACAACCUCUGAGAGCAGCACGGCCCCUGUAGGAGACCUCCCCGUGGGGCUGGGGCUUGCCCACCCACACACUGUCACCUUAUUGGACCGUGGACUCUGCUACCAGGACCCUGCCAGUAGCCCAGGGCACCAGGGGGAGUUGGGGCACCCACCACCUCAGCCUGCCACCCCACAGCCAGAGGGUCCUGUGUGUGGGGAGAAGCUGUGGGUGUUUCCUUGCAAUUUGCUUACAGACAGCUCCUGUGAACACCUCGUGAGGAUGGGCAUGGGGGGCUGGAAUUGGCAAUGAGCUCCUUCCUUAGCUGGGAGGAGGCAGCAAAGGUUUCCUGUCCCUUUCCCUCUCCUCUCUCCACAUACCCAGCAGGGCUGGCGUGGCCUGCAGAUGUGACACCAAGAGGUAACAACCAGGCACUGACGAAUCCAGAUGCUUUUCCAGCAUGAAAAAUGCCUGAAAAAAAAUCCAUUCACCAUCAUGUUAAACUGCUGCUACCAGAGGGAAAUUUUAAUGUGUAUUUUUAAUCUCUCUACUAUUGAAAUCAUACUUGAUUUAAGCAGGGACUGCUUGCAGGAAUGGCUGCACUGCUGGUGUGGUCUUGGCCAAGACUGAGAUUGGCCAAGGCAUUUCUACUGCGGUAAUGCUGGGAAUGAUGCUGUUAUUUAAAUGCUUUGGCAGGCCUGAGGUUUCCCCUCCUUCUUUGACAUUUUUCCCAUUCUCAGCAAUAUAGCAAAUGCAUGAUGAACUCCUUGCCUCCUGUUUACCCAAAGGACACAGCCUGUCUGGAUGGAAUUAGUUCAGCACUAAAUGGGUAGUGGAGCCCCCAGAGUAUGGUCAUUGCCAUGGUAAAGUCAAGGUAGGGGUCCACACACCACAAGUGUGUUUAUCUGGAGUCCCAGACAAGGAAACCAGCCCUGCUCCUCCUGGGGAAAAAUCUACUGCUACAGAAAUACCUCUGUACUGGCUGGUCAAAAAACCCAAAACAACUGAAGUACUUAAAUGGUAAGAACAUCGCACCUUUAGAAAUUCCCCAAAGAUUUCUACGAACAUCUCUCCCUUCCCCUCUUCCACUGUAAACAGAGGCACAGUCUCAGCUUAAUCACCACCGGGCAACAGGGAAAAAUCUUUAAUUACUUGAUAGCACUUCACA